AAACAAGUAGACAUAGUUAAUAGAACCUAGAGAAUGGCCAAGGCACCAAAGAAGAAGUUCACUACAGCAUCCAACCCUACUGGGGCUACUGUUUCCGCUGAAAAGCAUUUAAACUCAGUUUUCAAGUUCAACACAAAUUUAGGUCAACAUAUUUUGAAGAAUCCUUUGGUUGCCCAAGGUAUUGUCGAUAAAGCUCAAAUCAGACCAAGUGAUGUUGUAUUGGAAGUUGGACCAGGUACUGGUAAUUUAACUGUCCGUAUAUUAGAACAAGCCAAGAAGGUCAUUGCAGUCGAAAUGGACCCAAGAAUGGCAGCCGAAUUAACCAAAAGAGUUCACGGAACCCCUCAACAGAAGAAGUUGGAAAUCUUGUUGGGAGAUUUUAUGAAAACUGAAUUACCAUACUUUGAUAUCUGUAUUUCAAAUACUCCUUACCAAAUUUCAUCGCCGCUAGUAUUUAAAUUGUUAAACCAACCAAGACCUCCAAGAGUUUCCAUAUUGAUGUUCCAACGUGAGUUUGCAUUAAGAUUGUUAGCAAGACCAGGUGAUGCUUUGUACUGUAGAUUAUCAGCCAAUGUACAAAUGUGGGCAAAUGUCACUCAUAUCAUGAAGGUUGGCAAGAAUAACUUUAGACCUCCUCCACAAGUUGAAUCUUCUGUGGUCAGAAUUGAAAUCAAAAACCCAAGACCAAAUAUCGAUUUCAACGAAUGGGACGGGUUAUUAAGAAUUUGUUUUGUUAGAAAGAACAAGACCAUUGCUGCCGGUUUUAAAUCUUCGAAUGUUAUUGAAAUUUUGGAAAAGAAUUACAAAACCUAUUUAGCCACUACUAAUACUAUGAUUGAUGAUAAUGCUAAUAUGACUGAUGUUGUUAAACAAAAGAUUGAAACUGUUUUAACUGAAACAGAGUUCUCCGACAAGAGAGCUUCAAAAUUAGAUCAAACUGAUUUCUUGAAAUUGUUGUAUGCAUUCCAUCAAGUUGGUAUUCAUUUUGCAUAGACUUUCAUUUCAUUUUGUACAUUAGGGGUUUUAAUAUAUACAUACAUCUAUCGUGGUAAUAAUAUCUAUCUUCUCUUGGUGACCUUACUUGCGUCCCUUUCGAUAAUUUCAGCGACACCUCCUAAUUCUUCCAUAUUGUCUUCAGAAACGGAAACCGCUUCUCUUCUUUCCCAGAAUCUAUCUUCACACAAAUCAAAUGCAGCUUUCUUCAAAUCUUUACCUCUAUUAAAUUUGUUAUUUGAAAUAGCCCAUUCUAAGAAUUGGGCACCUGAACGAACAUAGAAUGCACGCAAUGUUUCAAAUGGUUUAGGAUGAGGCAACCAAGGUCUUGGAUCUGGGAAUUCUUCUUCAACUUCCUCAGCUUCUUCCUCUUCCUCUUCUUCAAUGUCCUCGUCCUCGUCCUCAAGCUUGGCAUCUUCUCCCUCCUCCUCGUCUUCGUCAUCUUCAUCAUCUUCGUCAUCUUCUUCGUCCUCGGAGUUAACUUCACUCUUUUCCAAUUCAGAUAAAUCUUCCCAAAGAACCUUGACUCCAUCUAAUUUACCCAAAUCAAUAGCAUACAUGGAAUCCAAAUUGAAUUCUUGUUCUCCUCUUUCAAAAAUACCACCAUAAAUGUAUAAAGUAUCAUCAACAACACAAGUGGUAGCAUUGAAUCUUGCAUGAGGUAAUUGAUUCAUGACUGGAUAUUCCACAGUUUCCUUUUCAUCAUCAUCUUGUUCUUCUUGGACGGAGCCUUCCUUCUUAAACUCUUCCUCCUCUUCGUCGUUCAAAUUAGCUUUAGCUAAAAUCGAAUUCAAAAUAUCUUCCAAAUCUUCAUCUCUAGUCUUCUCCUUAACUUGUUCCUUUCUUUUCCUCUGUGGUUUCAAACUUAAAUUAUACCAUCUAUUACUUUCAACUUGAUAGCAAUAUAAACUAUUGUAAAAUUCAGAUUCCAAUUGUUCUUCACUUUCUUCAAAAUCAUAAACUCCUCCAAACAUGAUCCCUCUAUUCUUAUGAUAAACCAAAGAACAACCAACUCUUGGACUUGGAACGAAACCUUGUUUACGCUUUCGUUCAAAUCUAAUAGCAUUAGGUUCACUUUUCAUUUUUAAUAUCCAACAAUCAUUCAAUACUUUACCCUUUUGCAAACCCUUUCUAGCCUUGACUUUAGUAUAACCACCAUAAAUAAUGGCACCAUCAGCACAGGGUAACAACGAAUGACCAGAUCUUGCAUCAGGGAUAGUAUGUGUUGGCGGGAAUUCAACUUGGGUCCAUUUAUAGUCGGUGAUAUCAAAUAACCAAACAUCAUUUAAAUAAGUGGUCAUAGUACCUAAAUCUCUAAACCCACCAUGCAUAAUAAUGUAGUUUUUCCAAACGGCUAAUCUAUGACCUGAUCUUGC